UGUAUGAACUCUUUUGCUGUCGUCUUUGAAGUUUGAUCUAAGUUUCUGAGUUCAUUGCCGUUUUUCUAUGAGUCUUGAAGUCUUCCAUAAAAACUCCUGCAUACCACAAAGAGUUUGUAUUUGGUGAGACCUCAGAAUUUUCUGGAGUGUCUUGAUCACCAAACCAACCGAAAUGCAGCCAAAUGUUUGCACAACUUACGAUGUCUGUAUUCUACUGGUUCCUCGUCGAAUUCAGUGCAUGCUUUAUUUAAACGAACUUGGAAUAUGUUUUGUACCAAAUCACUCUUCUUUCCCCAACAAAAUGCAUAUUCACAAGAACCUAGUAAUUGAGUGCAAGAAAGAAAUCAUAUUAAGAAAUAAGAAAAAGCAAAAUACAGGCCUAAAAAUAAGUUAUUUCAAAACAAGAAAGGUGUACGAAAAGAAAAAAAAAUUACAAAUCCUUGAAAGAACAAGUCUUAAUAUACUUUUCUCAUCUGAUCAAAAAGCUUCCGAAUGCAUGAAAGCAAUUGAGUUUUUCUUCAAAAGUGCUCACACAAACAACGCUAAACCUUAUUUAGUCUUAAUAAAUCCUAAAAGUGGAUCAGGAAAUGCUCUGAAUGGUUUUAACUUCGAAAUUUCCCCCAUUUGGAAACAAAUGAAUGUUCCAUAUGAAUUAUUUUGUACAGAAUAUCCAGGCCAUGCAGAAAAUUUUAUCAGAAAUUUACCAAAAGCUAGUCUUUUACGUUAUCGAGCAAUAGUUACGUGUUCAGGUGAUGGACUAGUGUAUGAAGUAAUUAACGGAUUCAUAUCAAGAAAAAAUUAUGAUGACGCCAUUGAUGAGGAUACAAUACCUGUUGGAAUUCUACCAGGAGGUAGUGCUAAUUCAACUGCUGCUUCAGUUUGUUAUCAUUCUGGUUUAUUGGGCAAAUCAUCACUUUUAUCACACUGUGGCUUUCUGUUAACAUUACCAAUUGAAAAUUUACAAAAUAGUCAAUCUAAACAAGUUAAUGAGCAAAGUGAAAAUUACAAUUUUACUUUACCACUUUUACCGUGUAUCAGUCCGAUGAGUGGUAUACACUUUGGAACAUGUGACAGAAAUUUUCAUCGAUACGGUAUUCAAAGUAUUGAAUGGGGUUUCGUCGCUGAUUUGGACUACAAAAGUGAACGAUUUCGUUGGAUGGGUGAAAAAAGAUUUCUACUUUAUGCAUGUUACUACCUUAUGAAGAAACCAACAUACCGUGCUAAAUUAUCAUACUUACCGUUUGAUAAUGUACUAUACCAAAAAAACAAGUAUAAAAAUGAUGAACUGGUUCAAAAAUCUUCUGUACCAUCAACGGCAUGUGGAAAUUCAAGUGAUUUUACAGAUAAAUUAAACGUAUCUCCUACACAGAUCAAAAAGUCGUGUCAAUCCUGGUCGUUUCUACCAGAAACUAACCAACCUAUUUCCAAUCACCAAGAUAAAUGGGUCACUUUAGACAAAAACUUCGUUACAAUAUUAGUAACAAAUCACUCUCAUAUAACAUCUAGUACCGUAAUGUAUCCGGAUGCUCAUAUCAGUGACCCAUAUUUAACUUUAUUAAUUCUGCAUGAAAACACAACAAGACUUGAUUUGUUAGCUUUGGGACGAGCAAUGUCAAAUGGUCAAGGCCUACAAUCAACAUCAAACAUGGAUAUUGUAAAAAUUUGUGCUCUACGAAUAGAACCGUAUUCUAAAGAUUCAGUCAUCACAAUGCUGGACGGAGAGCUCAUGCCUUCAGGCACAUUUCAAGCAGAAGUUAUCCCAGGAAUUUUAAAUGUUAUUUCAGGUACCAAGGUUGUAUGAACUCCAUAUUAUUUCAGGUAAUACUUAUUACUGCUAUAAGAAACUUGUCGUUUAGCCUGUAAUUAUAUGUUGAUUUAUGAAAAUAUGAUUUUAUGACAAAAGGAUUAGGUAGAGACUUAUGCUGUCUUCAAUCAGUUAACUAUUAAAAAUAAAAACUGGAAUUGUGGAAGUUAUUUUCCAAAACAUAAAAAACUAAACGUUUGAAAUAUUCAAAGAAGAAUAAAAGUAACAUUAGCAAAUUGAUUUCGGUACUGAAGCCUACUGAAGUAACCGAUUUUCUUCCAAUACUCUUAAAAGUCCUAACAUUUUAAAUGAACAAUUGAGGAUUGAUGUUUCACAUAAUAUCAUCAAAUGUCUGCAGAACUACAGUUUUCCUUUAGUACUGAACUUGCAAUUUUAAAAAAUAAACAAAUAGAGGUUAUUUGUCAUUCUUCUCUUGUUUAUUUGCUACUACUUCAGGUAAAAUGUUAUAUAAUGACAUUUAGUUCUAAAUUUUAUUUAUAACUUAAUUCUUGGUUCAGCAGACCAAAGGCCAAUACAACAAAGUAUUCUCAUUCCCUCUUACGCAUAUUAAAAUUAUUGAAAGAUUAUUCACAGUAAUUACAGUGUGUUGUGUUAUGUCCGAUUUUAAAAAUGAAUAUAAUAUUUCAUUUUGGUAAUUAAAAACAGAAUUACAUAGUGAAGAAUUGUGUAUACGAAUAGAAAAUUGCUGAUUUCAAUACUGGAUCCAAUAGACAUUUCCUACUCCUUUGAAGGAUCAUAAACAUUAAAAAACAUAUCGUUUGAUUUUGAUCAUUUGAAGCACACAUUAAAUAUUUGCUCUUAACUAUGCUAUACUGAUCAACGAAAAUCCGUUACUAAGGGUAUAGUACCAUUAAAAAUAAGAAAUAACACUGACUGAGCAGAAAAGCAUUUCAAAUGCUUACUUAUUCUAAGGGAAUUUAUACUUGAAUCAUAAACUGAUAGCAAAUUGUUUCGCGCUCAUUCAAAGUUAGCACUCGAAUGAAUUACGUUGUGAAUGGUAUAGUGAGUAGAAAAUAACAUUUAAGCAUACGGACGAGUGAAUAACAAUUUUUAUAGAUAUGUUUUGAAAAAAACAGAACUUUUAAUAGAAAAUAACUUUCAUGUUUUAAAUCCUGUUUUGCAUACAUCGUUGCUUGCAUACAAUUAGUAUAAUUUCAAGACAAUUUCUUUUAUUACACUUGGUAUCGUUUACUUGAAUCUUCCCAUCGAUGUUUAGAACUGUCAUUGAUCAGUCUCUUAUUGGCAUAUGUUCAUACUGUACAUAUUGCCUUGAUAAUGCCUUAAUUCACAAGCAUUCUAAGUAAAGAUGGAUAGUGGCUAGCAAACGAAUCCAAAACAUGAAUUUCAUCCUAUUCAGGACUUGUCAACUGGAUGAACCUUCAUCCUAGAGUUGUUAUUUGAAACAAACAAUAUUGGGUUCAAGUCCCAGAGUGAAUAACAAAUCUGAGAUACAAGUACAUCCAGCUAACGAGUUUCAAUUAGGAUGAAAAUCCUUUUCUGGAUUCCACUGAGAGUCACUAUCCAUUUUUACCUACGAUUUUUUUAAAAUUAUUUAAAUA